AUGUCCACCCACCGCCUGCUCGAAGCGUUCCGCACGUCCAAGCCCGCGUUCGGCGCAUGGCUGACCCUCCCCGGGGCGUUCAACGCGCGGGUCGCCGCGACCGCGUCCCCGCACCUCUCGUGGCUGCUCAUCGAUUGCGAGCACGGGAUGACGUCGCUCCAGCCGGGGGCGGCUGAGAGCAUCGUAGCGAUCUCUGGGCUGGGGAAGGACGCGCCGAGCACGAUAGUGCGCAUCCCGGCCACGGGGGCGUGUGCGGAUGGGAGUGCGGGGUGGCAGAUCAAGUAUGUGCUGGAUGCGGGGGCAAGGGGCGUCUUGGUGCCGAUGGUGUCGACAGCGGCGCAGGCGACGUCUGUGGUCGCAGCAGCCCGGUUCCCGCCUAAGGGUAUCCGUGGCUUCGGCAGUCCCUUCACGCAGACGGCAUGGGGCAUAUCUGUGGCGGACUACCUUGCGACGGCGAAUGACGGCGUUAUAGUCAUGACCCAGGUCGAGACCGUUGAUGCAGUGAAGAACCUAGACGAGAUUCUCUCCGUGGAUGGUCUGGAUGGCGUAUUCAUCGGGCCCUACGACCUAUCCCUGGCGCACGGCUACCCGCCGCCGUCGCCGGAUCCACACCCGGAUAUGGAGGUGAUCAUCCAGGAGAUAUUGCGCAAGGCGCACGCGAAGGGGAAGAAAUGCGCGAUCUACUGCACCUCCGGCUCCCAAUCCGCAAAACGCGCCGAAGAGGGCUUCGACAUGAUCAACGUCACGUCGGACAGUGGUGCGAUGGCCCAAGCACUCGCACAAAGCCUCGCUGUCGCAGCGGGCGAGCAGGUCGGGUCGCAGGGGCUGAGGUACUGA